ACCGGGGAUUCCAGAUAACUAUAUAAGAUCGAGAUACACACCCCGCCACUUCCAGGCUUACGCGCCCCAACUCUUACUCCUAAGAUACUUACACCUGGCACGAAUACUGUCUUGUCAUACGCGUCCUUCGACCUACAUUCGAUCUCGUCUAGAAACAUUGGCUAUACCGACCCUUCAUUCUACUUCACACUCCGUCCCAGCAUAUCCACGUCUCACGAUGGCAACCGAAUUCACUACACCCCUCAAAGGCCACUGCACAUGCAAGACCGUCACAUACGAAGUCCUCGCCCCCUUCCUCUGCACACACUGCUGCCACUGUACCUGGUGCCAGCGCGAAACCGGCUCUGCCUUCGGUAUAAAUGGCAUAAUCGAGACUUCGAACUUCCGCAUCACUUCCAAGACUAAACCUCUCCUCAGCGACAUACCUUCAGCCUCCGGGGACGGCCAAACAAUGGCUCGAUGCCCGAACUGCUUCGUACUACUUUUCAGCGGCUAUGGUGGGGAUGGAAUGUGGUCGACGUUUGUGAAGGUGGGAACGCUGGAUGAUGAAAGUAGAGAACGUGUUCGCCCCGAUGUUCAUAUCUUCACGUCGACUAAACUGAGUUGGGUUGACUUGACGAGCGAGAAGGAGAGGGGUGUGCCGGUUAUGGAGGAGUAUUAUGAGAGGAGUAAGGUGUGGAGGAAGGAUGCGUUGGAGAGGUCUGAGGUGCUGAAGCAAAAGAGAGAGGGGGCGAAGAAAGCGGAGGAAGAGGCUAAGACAGACAAGAAAGAGACUUAGAUCUGAGAAGGAUUGGAGGUCAUCCCCAAUCCCAUCUCCUACAUGGGCAAAGUCUUGAAAUGUUACUUAGUGUUAUCUCUUUUAUUGUGGCAUCUGAUAUCCACGAAGAGAUUUCAUACAGAUCCAAAUAACGCAUCGUUUCUUCGGACACCAUCACCGUGUAGUCUUGGCUGUCUUGGUGAGAUUCUGGGGUGAUCUCGGUACCGGCAAUAUUUGUCUACUAAAUAGAAACAGCAAGUUGUUUCAUAUUCGACGUCAACUAAGCCUUUGCCACUUUGCUCCUUGACUCAACUAUACCUACUUGUGC